AGGGAUUCAUCGACAGUUGACUCCACUGCGGGGAAUCGUUCUGAGCUCCCAACGUACUCAUAAUCCGAGGAAUACGAUCCCGAUCAGAAUUCGCCAAAUCUCGUCCACGACCCCGGGUCGUGACUGCGAUGUUGGAGAGGAUGACCCCCAACUUCUCGUCCAUCACGGAGAACGUUCAGAUGGCUCGUGAACUAGCGCUCCUAGGCAACUACGAGAGCGCUCUAGUUUACUACGAGGGAGUCAUGCAGAGCAUCCAAGGAGUCCUCAGGGCCAUUCCCGCCGACGGGGACAUCAACCGGAUCGAGACAUGGAAAACGAUUCUCCAACAAAUGAGUACGGAGUACGGCCAGCUCAAGGAAGUUGUCUCGACGAUUUCAGGCUUCAAGAACGAGCCCGAUCUCCGUGUCGCUGUUGCUGGCAUGAACAAAAUGAAUCUCGGGAGCUCGGGAGGCAUGCCCGAUGCACAGGCCUGGACGCUCGGUCCCAUGGGCGAGAUGCAGUCGCUAUCAAUGGGCUCGAUGGGGAAUCAGAAUCCGAUGCAAUCUCACGAUCCAGAUGUUUGGCCUCCGCCUCCCGAAGACAGUCGGCAGUCGGUUCGGCAGGGAGCGAGGUCCACCAAUAGGAGAUCGGAGGCUCGCAGCCGACAACAGACGUCGCGUCGCGGAUCGGUGACCAAGGACGCAUCGAUGGGAAGCAGUCGAGGAGGAGGCACCACUAUCAGCCGAGGCGCACCGGCAGCCGGGGGAGAUCGACAACAAGGAGCCUCCCGUACCCGAGGGGGCACUGCUCAAGAUCCUAAAAAGACGAGGGAUCCGGAUGGCAAGUCCGGGGCGAGCAAAGACGCGGGCCAGCAGCAGCAACAAGAGGAAGAGAAACGCUUCGAAUGCGGCAACAUGGAUCAAGAGUUAGUCGAGAUGCUGGAAAGGGACAUCCUCCAAAAGAAUCCGUCGGUCAGGUGGAGCGACAUCGCCGAUCUCGAGGAAGCCAAGAGGCUCCUGGAGGAGGCCGUGGUGCUCCCUUUGCUUGUUCCCCAUUACUUCACCGGGAUCCGCCGGCCGUGGAAAGGCGUCCUCAUGGUUGGGCCUCCUGGAACGGGGAAAACGAUGUUAGCCAAAGCCGUGGCUACGGAGUGCAAAACGACGUUCUUCAAUGUGUCAAGUUCAACUCUGACUUCCAAAUACAGAGGCGAGAGCGAGAAGCUGGUGCGUCUGCUGUUCGAAAUGGCUCGAUUCUACGCUCCGUCAACUAUAUUCAUCGACGAGAUCGACUCACUCUGUUCUCGGAGGGGCAGUGCCAGCGAACACGAGGCUUCCAGAAGAGUCAAAUCAGAGCUUCUUAUUCAGAUGGACGGAGUCACUAAUGGGGAGGAUCCCACUAAGGUGGUCAUGGUCCUGGCAGCCACGAAUUUUCCCUGGGACAUCGAUGAGGCGCUCCGGCGUCGUCUCGAGAAGAGGAUAUACAUCCCGCUGCCGAGCGAGUACGGUAGAGAGGUCUUGUUGGAGAUCAACCUCAGAGGUGUUGAGCAGGCUCCGGACCUCGACCUCAAAUGGGCAGCCAAAAAUCUCGAGGGAUACUCGGGAGCGGAUAUCACCAACGUAUGCAGAGACGCGUCGAUGAUGUCGAUGCGUCGCAAAAUUUCCGGUCUUACGCCCGACCAGAUCAGGGCAUUGUCAAAAGAGGAACUUGAGCUCCCCGUUAGCCACAGCGAUUUCGCGGAGGCCAUGAGCAAGGUGAAUAAGUCCGUGUCGAGGGAGGAUCUAGAGAAGUACGAGAAAUGGAUGAGCGAGUUCGGAUCGAUGUAG